AUGGAGAAAUUGAAGCCUAGGAAGUACCCCAGACAGAUGAGAGCUGAGUUACUUUUGGGGGAUAUACAUACAAACUAUAGGGAGAGGGAGAACCAUAUACCAACAAGUUUUCAACUACCUUUAAUCAAACAGGUCAAAGGUGAAAUGGUUUCGAUUAAUAGGCAUUCGUACGUCAUUAAAAGUGGGGCUGGUUUUCCGAGUAGUACCUUCACUAACAAUAAAACACCACCUCACCUAAUAGAAAAACCACAUUUACCUCCAUAUAUUUAUGGGGAAUGGACUUCAACGCGUUGCGAGGUUAGACCUCUGGGCUUAUAUUUAACCAGGAGAUUCUCCUUUUACUCCGAGGACUCCACCUGGAUAGGAGAGCACAAAUUCUACUCCGAUCCUUUCUGUAAGAUCCCAAAAUUCAUCGUAACAGCAGCGGGUCACUUUACUUUGACUGUCCCCAAUAAGGAACUCAAAGUACAAUACGAUAUAGUGAAACUAGAAAUGGACUAUAAAGGUUCCUGUUUGUUAUUCCUUGGUCAAGUACACACCGAUAGCAUGCAGAACAACCAACCAGAAAGACCAACUUCGUUCCAGCUCCCUCUGGUAAAAUGCGGCGAGGUUGCCAGCUACUCGCAGAGUCUCAGGGAGAUACUCGAUGAUGGAGUGUACUAUGGUAGCAGCGUGCAGUUUAAAGCAUGUUUAAGCUUGCAUUUGAGCUUUGGCAUCAUGAAAGUAACCAAUAUCAGCGGCAUACCGCAAUAUAAUAAUGCAGCUAGGGAUAUGAACAGAGUAGUCGCCAUGGAAAGUCCAGAUAUAUCGUGUUUGGGAGCCUUAAAGUGGGCUUUCAACGAGCUGAGGCUUCUGAAGAUACAACUUCGCCCGAUUAUGAAGAAAUUGAAGCCUAGGAAGUACCCCAGACAGAUAAGAGCUGAGUUACUUUUGGGGGAUAUAAAUACAAACUAUAGGGAGAGGGAGAACCAUAUACCAACAAGUUUUCAACUACCUUUAAUCAAACAGGUCAAAGGUGAAAUGGUUUCGAUUAAUAGGCAUUCGUACGUCAUUAAAAGUGGGGCUGGUUUUCCGAGUAGUACCUUCACUAACAAUAAAACACCACCUCACCUAAUAGAAAAACCACAUUUACCUCCAUAUAUUUAUGGGGAAUGGACUUCAACGCGUUGCGAGGUUAGACCUCUGGGCUUAUAUUUAACCAGGAGAUUCUCCUUUUACUCCGAGGACUCCACCUGGAUAGGAGAGCACAAAUUCUACUCCGAUCCUUUCUGUAAGAUCCCAAAAUUCAUCGUAACAGCAGCGGGUCACUUUACUUUGACUGUCCCCAAUAAGGAACUCAAAGUACAAUACGAUAUAGUGAAACUAGAAAUGGACUAUAAAGGUUCCUGUUUGUUAUUCCUCGGUCAAGUAAACACCGAUAGCAUGCAGAACAACCAACCAGAAAGGCCAACUUCGUUCCAGCUCCCUCUGGUAAAAUGCGGCGAGGUUGCCAGCUACUCGCAGAGUCUCAGGGAGAUACUCGAUGAUGGAGUGUACUAUGAACAGCUACCUAAAUUAGACAUUAAACUAGGAAAAAUACGAGGAUAUGUUAGAACAUCUUACAAUGAUAGACAAUUUGCUGCUUUUGAAGGUAUACCAUAUGCAAAACCGCCGAUAGGGAACUUGAGAUUUAAAGAUCCUGAACCAGCAGAACCAUGGAAUGGAAUAUGGGAUGCUACCGUAAACCAUCAUUGUAUACAAUAUUCAGGUACCAUGGGAACGGGGGUUAAAGGCAAAAAAUCAAAAACAAUCUAG